AUGCUGGUGGUCCUACUGACAGCGGCCUUGUUGGCCCUGAGCUCAGUUCAGAGCUCAAAUGCAGCAACCAUCUAUGAAGAGUCUUCUUUGCAACUCUCAGAGGAAGAGCAGCAAGACCAAGGCCCUGGUCAACCUCAUCAGAGACCCCCACCUGGAGAAUUCUCCCCAAAACCUUCUGCAUCUGAAGAAGAAGGUGAUGAUGAUGUUGAAGAAGAUGGAAACGCACCAGAGAGACCACCACAGCAAGGAUGUGACCACCAGAAACCUCGCCCUCCUAAACCUGGAAACCAGCAAGCAGAGGAAGAGCAGCAAGGCCAAGGCCCUGAUCAACCUCAUCAGAGACCCCCACCUGGAGAAUUCUCCCCAAACCUUUCUGCACCUGAUGAAGAAGGUGAUGAUGAUGGCGAAGAAGAUGGAAAUGCACCAGAGAGAUCACCACAGCAAAGUGACCACCAGAAACCUCGGCCUCCUAAACCUGGAAACCAGCAGGGAGGCCCUCAGCAAAAUCGCCCUCCUAAACCUGGAAACCAACAGGGCCCACCCCAGCAGGGAAGUGAGGAAGGGCCAAGUUCCCUGUAG